UUACUGGAACGGGAGCCUCUUAUCGGAAUCGAGAAGGGUUUUAUUCGCUUUCCAUUCAGCGGGUGUUGUGUUAGCUGAGCUGUGCUCGGUUGCGGUGCAAACUAGCUUACAGACAUCGCUGAUCGGUGGAGUUCACACUAGCCGUCUGGCCUGUUUUUUUACUGAGCAGCAUUUGUGUCCGACUGCGCUUCCGCCAUGUUGAGCUGAAUCAAGUUGUGACUGACUGCUGGGACCGAAGUGACAAGCCCCAGAAAUCGGACUAGAUAGAGUUAGGGGGGCUGUUACCGCGCCGGUGACGCAGGAAAAACACCCAGAAGCAAGGGGAAAAAACCCGUAGGAAUUAGAUCUUUCUAGUAACAGGUUUGUGUCCUGCGAAACUGUCACCGAUAUAGGGCACGUUUAUGUAAUACACGACGACACCAUCGUUCAAGGCUGGACGUAGCCCGUGAAUAGAGGGGGAAGUCAUAUCAAAUUCCUGGUUAUGCAAUGGUCUCAGCAGCACGCACAGAUCUCCAGGUGCUUGUGUCCCUCUCUCGUGUGUUCGGGCUCUCUUCCCUCUGCUCUACAGCUGAGGUGGCUGUGAUUUCCCUCCUGGCCAGCGCUCCCUAAGAGGCCAAGAUUGCCAAGAUCUGCCCUGUGGCGAGCAUGACGGCCACCACGCGUGGCUCUCCGGUGGGGGGCAAUGACAGUCAGGGCCAGGGCCAGGCACCUGAUGCUCAGAGCCAACCCACACUGCCACAGAACCAGACAUCAUCUCCUAACUCAUCUAAUGAGAACUCUCCAGUGAGCCCACCAGAUGACCAGGGCCAGGGAGAUGGUCCCCCUCAGCUGGAAGAGGAAGAGCCAGCUUUUCCUCACACUGACCUAGCCAAGCUCGAUGACAUGAUCAACAGGCCUCGUUGGGUUGUUCCAGUUUUGCCAAAAGGAGAGUUAGAAGUCCUCUUGGAAGCUGCUAUAGACCUGAGUAAAAAAGGACUGGAUGUGAAGUGUGAGGCAUGUCAGAGGUUUUUCCGAGAUGGUCUGACCAUUUCCUUCACAAAAAUCCUCACAGACGAGGCAGUCAGUGGUUGGAAGUUUGAGAUUCAUAGGUGUAUCAUUAACAACACACACCGGUUGGUGGAGCUGUGUGUGGCCAAGCUCUCUCAGGACUGGUUUCCUCUACUGGAGCUGCUGGCGAUGGCCACCAACCCUCAUUGCAAGUUCCACAUCUACAAUGGCACACGGCCCUCUGAGACUGUCCCUGCUGGAGCACAGCUGGCUGACGAUGAACUCUACGCCCGACCACCAGACCCACGAUCUCCCAAGGGCUGGUUGGUGGACUUAAUAAACAAAUUUGGCACGUUAAACGGGUUUCAAAUUUUGCACGAUCGCUUCAUGAGCGGCCAAGCGCUGAACGUCCAGAUCAUCGCUGCACUUAUCAAGCCUUUUGGCCAGUGUUACGAGUUCCUCACGUUGCACACAGUAAAGAAGUACUUCCUUCCUGUCAUCGAGAUGGUUCCCCAGUUUCUAGAGAAUCUCACAGAUGAGGAGCUAAAGAAAGAGGCCAAGAAUGAAGCCAAAAAUGACGCACUGUCCAUGAUAAUCAAGUCUCUGAAGAAUCUGGCAUCUCGUGUACCAGGGCAGGAGGAGACUGUGAAGAAUUUAGAGAUUUUUAGGUUAAAAAUGAUUCUUAGGUUAUUGCAAAUUUCUUCUUUUAAUGGCAAAAUGAAUGCACUAAAUGAAGUUAACAAGGUGAUUUCCAGUGUGUCCUACUACACUCAUCGGCAUAACCCCGAGGAGGAGGAGUGGCUGACUGCAGAACGUAUGGCGGAAUGGAUCCAGCAGAACCACAUCCUGUCCAUUGUGCUGAGGGACAGUUUGCAUCAGCCACAGUAUGUAGAGAAACUGGAGAAGAUCCUUCGCUUCGUUAUCAAAGAGAAAGCGCUUACCAUGCAGGAUCUGGACAACAUCUGGGCUGCACAGGCCGGUAAACACGAGGCCAUCGUCAAAAAUGUCCACGACCUGUUGGCUAAGCUGGCGUGGGACUUCUCGCCAGAGCAGCUUGAUCACCUUUUCGACUGUUUUAAGGCAAGCUGGACCAAUGCCAGCAAGAAGCAGCGUGAAAAACUGCUGGAACUUAUUCGCCGCUUGGCUGAGGAUGAUAAGGAUGGGGUAAUGGCCCACAAGGUCCUCAACUUGCUGUGGAACCUGGCACACAGCGAUGAUGUGCCUGUAGACAUCAUGGACCAGGCUCUCAGUGCUCACAUCAAGAUAUUGGAUUAUAGUUGCUCACAGGAUAGAGACACGCAGAAGAUUCAAUGGAUUGAUCGCUUCAUAGAGGAGCUACGAACCAAUGACAAAUGGGUGAUCCCUGCCCUGAAGCAAAUCAGAGAAAUCUGUAGCCUCUUUGGAGAAGCUCCUCAAAACCUUAGAAAGAAAAUGCCAAUUUACAUACAAACGAACUUAGUGGGUCAAACUCAGAGAAGUCCUCAUGUGUUUUACCGCCAUGACCUGAUCAACCAGCUGCAGCAUAACCACGCUCUUGUCACGCUUGUGGCUGAGAACCUUUCAGCCUACAUGGAGACCAUGAGGCAAUUGUCCAAAGAGGAACAAGCAGAGUUUGACCCCCAGACAGUUAGACCAGGAAGCCGCUACAGCCAUGUCCAGGAAGUCCAGGAAAGGCUCAACUUCCUGAGGUUUCUGCUAAAGGAUGGCCAGCUGUGGCUGUGUGCCCCUCAGGCUAAGCAGAUCUGGAAGUGUCUGGCUGAGAACGCAGUGUUCCUCUGUGACCGGGAAGCCUGCUUUAAAUGGUACUCCAAACUGAUGGGUGAUGAGCCAGACCUGGACCCAGACAUCAAUAAGGACUUCUUUGAGAACAAUGUUUUGCAGUUAGAUCCCUCUCUGCUGACAGAGAAUGGGAUGAAGUGCUUUGAGAGGUUCUUCAAGGCUGUCAACUGCAGGGAGGGGAAACUAGUAGCGAAGCGCAGGGCCUACAUGAUGGAUGACCUGGAAUUAAUAGGCUUGGACUAUCUCUGGAGGGUGGUAAUUCAAGGAAGUGAUGACAUUGCUAACCGAGCCAUAGACCUGCUGAAAGAGAUCUACACCAAUCUCGGACCAAAACUACAAGUUAAUCAGGUUGAAAUUCAUGAAGACUUCAUCCAAUCAUGUUUUGACCGCCUGAAGGCAUCCUAUGACACCCUUUGUGUUUUGGAUGGGGACAAAGACAGCAUUAACUGUGCCCGUCAGGAGGCCAUCCGCAUGGUGCGAGUUCUCACUGUGCUAAAGGAGUACAUCAAUGAGUGUGACAGUGACUACCAUGAGGAGAGGACUAUAUUGCCCAUGUCAAGAGCUUUCCGUGGGAAGCACAUCACAUUGAUUGUACGUUUCCCCAACCAAGGUCGUCAGGUGGAUGAUUUGGACAUCUGGUCACACACCAAUGACACAAUUGGCUCAGUUCGGCGUGGCAUUCUCAAUAGGAUAAAAGCUAAUGCUGCCCAUACCAAGAUUGAGCUCUUUAUUGGUGGAGAGGUUGUUGAUCCAGCUGACGACAGGAAGCUGAUUGGACAGCUCAAUUUGAAGGACAAAACGCUUAUCACAGCCAAGCUGACCCAGGUGAGUGCCAACAUGCCCUCGAGUCCAGACAGCUCAUCUGACUCAUCCACUGGUUCUCCUGGUAACCACGGCAACCACUACAGUGAUGGGCCCAACCCAGAGGUGGAGAGCUGUCUUCCGGGUGUGAUUAUGUCGCUGCAUCUGCGCUACAUUUCCUUCCUGUGGCAGGUGGCUGACCUGGGGUGCAACCUCAACAUGCCCCUGCUUAGAGAUGGAGCUCGAGAUCUUAUGAAACUCAUGCCCCCAGAUAACACUACAGUGGAGAAUCUGAGAGCUGUGUGUCUGGACCAUGCCAAGCUUGGCGAAAACAGCCUGAGUCCUUCACUGGACUCGCGUUUCUUUGGCCCCUCACCCUCACAAGUGCUCUACCUCAUUGAGGUUGUGUAUGCUUUGCUGAUGCCAGCCAGUGCUACUUUGGGCGAGGACGCCAGCGACUUCCAGUACAACUUCUUGAAAAGCGGUGGUCUGCCCUUAGUUUUAAGCAUGCUCACUAGGAACAACUUCCUCCCAUCAGCCGACAUGGAGACGCGGCGUGGGGCUUACCUCAAUGCGCUCAAGAUCGCCAAGCUUCUCCUGACUGCAGUAGGAUUUGGACAUGUGAAGGCUGUAGCUGAGGCCUGCCAGCCUAAUGCUGAAGGAAAUAUUCCUGUCUCUCCGAUAAAUCAGGCCACUCAUGACCAGGCACUGGUCCUCCAGAAUGCCCUGCAAAAUAUCCCCAACCCUGCCUCUGAAUGCAUGCUGCGAAAUGUAGCCAUUCGUCUUGCCCAGCAAAUUUCUGAUGAGAAUUUCUUCCAGGCAUCGAAGUACAUCCCGGACAUUUGUGUGAUCCGAGCUAUUCAGAAAAUAGUGUGGGCAUCAGGCUGUGGUACAGUGCAGCUUGUUUUCAGCUCCAAUGAGGAAAUCAGCAAAAUCUAUGAGAAGACAAAUGCAGCAAAGGAACCAGAUGGAGAGGAUGAGCAGGUGUGCUGUGAGGCCCUGGAGGUGAUGACACUGUGUUUCGCCCUCAUGCCCACGGCUCUGGACACACUCAGUAAAGAGAAGGCUUGGCAGACCUUCAUCAUAGAUUUGCUGCUACACUGCCACAGCAAAUCUGUGCGUCAAAUGGCACAGGAGCAGUUCUUCCUUAUGGCAACUAGGUGUUGUAUGGGCCAUCGACCCCUCCUCUUUUUUAUCACCCUCCUCUUCACAGUACUAGGGAGUACAGCCAAAGAGCGCGCCAAGCAUGCUGGGGACUACUUUACGUUGCUCAGACAUCUACUGAACUAUGCCUACAACAGCAACAUCAACCUGCCAAAUGCUGAGGUGCUGCUCAACAAUGAGAUCGACUGGCUGAAACGAAUACGGGAUGAGGUGAAGAGGACAGGAGAAACUGGUGUGGAGGAGACGAUCCUGGAGGGCCAUCUCGGGGUCACCAAAGAACUUCUUGCCUUCCAAACACCGGAGAAGAAGUAUUACAUCGGCUGUGAGAAGGGAGGAGCAAACCUCAUUAGGGAGCUGAUUGAUGACUUCAUCUUCCCAGCAUCUAAUGUUUAUCUGCAGUACAUGAAGACUGGCGAGUUCCCCACAGAGCAGGCCAUCCCAGUGUGCAGCACUCCUGCUUCCAUCAAUGCUGGUUUUGAGCUUCUCGUGGCACUGGCUGUUGGCUGCGUCCGCAACUUGAAACAAAUAGUCGACACUCUGACUGACAUGUACUAUUUAGGUUGUGAGACACUGACAGAGUGGGAGUACUUGCCUCCAGUGGGGCCGCGGCCCAACAAAGGCUUUGUAGGUCUGAAGAACGCCGGGGCCACCUGUUACAUGAACUCUGUCAUUCAGCAGCUGUACAUGAUCCCUCCUAUCCGCAAUGGUAUCCUUGCCAUUGAGGGCACAGGCACGGAUGUGGAUGAUGACAUGUCAGGGGAUGAGAAGCAGGAGAAUGAGAGUAACGUAGAUCCUCGUGAUGAGGUGUUCAGCUACCAUCACCAGUUUGAUGAUAAACCUUCCAGUAAGUCAGAAGACAGGAAAGAAUACAACAUCGGUGUACUGCGUCACCUACAGGUCAUCUUUGGCCACCUGGCUGCAUCCAGACUGCAGUACUAUGUCCCCAGGGGAUUCUGGAAACAGUUCAGGUUAUGGGGUGAGCCAGUUAACUUGAGGGAACAGCAUGAUGCACUGGAGUUUUUCAAUUCUUUGGUGGACAGUUUAGACGAGGCUCUAAAGGCACUGGGCCACCCUGCCAUGCUCAGUAAGGUGCUGGGAGGAUCUUUUGCUGACCAGAAGAUCUGCCAAGGAUGCCCCCACAGAUAUGAGUGUGAGGAGUCGUUCACAACCCUCAACGUAGACAUUAGAAACCACCAGAACCUGCUGGACUCCAUGGAGCAAUAUGUAAAAGGAGAUCUGCUGGAAGGGGCCAACGCCUACCACUGUGAGAAGUGUAAUAAGAAGGUGGACACAGUGAAGCGUCUGCUGAUCAAGAAGCUGCCUCCUGUCCUGGCUAUCCAGCUGAAGCGCUUCGAUUACGACUGGGAGAGGGAGUGUGCCAUCAAGUUUAAUGACUAUUUUGAGUUCCCCCGGGAGCUUGAUAUGGAGCCGUACACAGUAGCGGGUGUGGCCAAGCUAGAGGGCGAUGAUGUAAAUCCAGAAAACCAGGUGAUCCAACAGAACGAACCCUCUGAACCGACGCCACCAGGCAGCUCCAAGUACCGCCUGGUGGGAGUGCUGGUCCACUCAGGUCAGGCCAGUGGCGGACACUACUAUUCCUACAUAAUCCAGAGGAACGGGGGUGACGGAGAGAAAAACCGCUGGUAUAAAUUUGAUGAUGGUGAUGUGACUGAGUGCAAGAUGGACGAUGAGGAGGAGAUGAAGAACCAGUGCUUUGGAGGGGAAUACAUGGGCGAGGUGUUUGAUCAUAUGAUGAAAAGGAUGUCGUACCGGAGGCAGAAACGCUGGUGGAAUGCCUACAUCCUGUUCUACGAGCGUAUGGACUCAAUGGACAAGGACAGCGAGCUUGUCAAAUACAUCUCAGACUUGAAUAUCUCCUCCACUAAGCCGCAUCAGGUCAAGAUGCCUGGUGUUAUCGAGUGCAGCGUCCGCAAGCAGAACGUCCAGUUCAUGCACAACCGAAUGCAAUACAGCCUGGAAUAUUUCCAGUUCAUUAAGAAACUUCUGACCUGUAACAGUGUCUAUUUAAACCCUCCUCCAGGACAAGACCACCUUCUGCCAGAGGCAGAGGAGAUUGCUAUGAUAAGUGCUCAGCUGGCUGCUAGGUUUCUCUUCAGCACAGGUUUUCACACCAAGAAAGUAGUACGGGGUCCUGCCAGUGACUGGUAUGACGCCCUUUGCAUCCUGUUGAGACACAGUAAGAAUGUACGCUACUGGUUUGCACACAACGUUCUGUUUGCUUACCCUAACCGGUUCUCUGAGUACCUGCUUGAGUGCCCGAGUGCUGAGGUCCGUGGUGCAUUUGCCAAGCUCAUCGUCUUCAUCGCUCACUUCUCCCUGCAAGACGGCCCCUGCCCCUCCCCGACCGCCUCGCCUGGACCCUCUGCUCAGGGCUGUGAUAACCUCAGUCUAAGUGACCACUUAUUGAGAGCUGUCCUCAACCUACUCAGACGAGAGGUUUCUGAACACGGCCGUCACCUGCAGCAGUACUUCAACCUCUUUGUCAUGUACGCCAAUCUGGGCCUGGCUGAAAAGACCCAACUGCUGAAGCUGAAUGUUCCUGCUACCUUCAUGUUGGUCGCUCUGGAUGAGGGACCUGGCCCUCCAAUUAAGUACCAGUAUGCUGAGCUGGGCAAGCUCUACACUGUUGUCUCUCAGCUGGUCCGCUGUUGUGACGUCUCCUCACGCAUGCAGUCCUCCAUCAAUGGUAAUCCGCCUCUUCCUAACCCAUAUGGGGACACCAACCUGACCUCUCCGGUGAUGCCUGUGCAGCAGCUGGUUGCAGAGAUCCUGUUUGUGAGGACGAGUUACGUGAAGAAGAUCAUUGAGGACUGCAGCAACUCUGAGGAAACAGUGAAGCUGCUUCGCUUCAGCUGUUGGGAGAACCCUCAGUUCUCCUCCACUGUGCUCAGUGAGCUGCUCUGGCAGGUGGCGUACUCGUACACCUAUGAGCUGAGGCCUUACCUGGACUUGCUGCUACAAAUCCUGCUCAUCGAAGACUCCUGGCAAACACACAGGAUUCACAAUGCGCUGAAGGGCAUUCCCGAUGACAGAGAUGGACUUUUUGACACCAUCCAGCGCUCCAAGAACCACUAUCAGAAACGAGCCUAUCAGUGCAUCAAGUGCAUGGUGGCCCUUUUCAGUAACUGCUCUGUGGCUUACCAGAUCUUACAGAGUAACGGUGACCUGAAGCGAAAGUGGACGUGGGCAGUGGAGUGGUUGGGCGAUGAGCUGGAGAGGAGGCCAUACACAGGAAAUCCACAGUACACCUACAAUAACUGGUCCCCUCCUGUUCAAAGCAAUGAGACCUCCAACGGAUAUUUCCUGGAGCGCUCUCACAGUGCACGUAUGACACUGGCCAAGGCUUGUGAGCUCUGUCCUGAGGAGCUCAAGUGUACUCAGGGAAGCCCAGGGAAGGAGCCAGAUGAACAGGAAGCACCUGAUGAUCAAGACUCCUCCCCACCCGAGGACACCUCUCUGUAUCCGCAUUCUCCUGGAACAGCCCAGUUUCAGCAGAACAACCACCCUCAUGGGCAGCCGUACACCGGGCCUGCUGCCCAGCACAUGAACAACCCCCAGCGUCCCGGUCCGGCCUCUGCUCCGACCCCAGGCCCGACCCAGACCCCGACCCCUGGCCCCGGUCCCACUCCUGGAACAGGCCCGCGAGCACAAGAGAACUGGGAGGGCACAGAGGAGGUCGCCCCUGCGCCCACCUCCACCCCAGCACCCGCCCCGCCUAAGGAGUAACCUCCCCCUCCCUUCCUCUGCUGUGCCUCAAGCCUCCAUCGUCCCGCUCUCUCCUCCCGCCAGGCCCCUUCUGUUUCUCUCUCUCUCUCCCUGGCCCCAGGACAGGGUAGCGCCAGGCCACUUCUCUCUCUCUCUCUCUCUCUCCCCUCUCCCUCUCCUCCCCCUGCUGCGACAGCCUGUGGGAGGAGCUCUUCCCUGACCUGAGGCCGCCUGACCGUGCAACAGGGGCCUGCUGGCGGCUGCAGAGGCGAGGGAGUGGACAAGAGUUCUAAUAAAGAAAAACAAAUUUACCUGGAGCUGACGAUGCUGACGCGCUUGUCUACACGACAAAAAGGUGUACAUAGUAUGUUCAUGUUUUUGACUGUUCAGAUCCCCCAGGAGCAUAACUCUGUGUGGUUUGCUGCUGGGAGAUGUUGCAGAUGUUAUGAAAAACAAAAUGGAUAUUAUAAAUAAUAAAAAUCUCUCCCCUCAACCCAAAAAAAACAAACUGUAAGAAGACAACGACUCCUCUUUGUUUUAUCAUCCAUGCUCAGCAGUAAAAGUUUGUUCUGCCAUCGGACGGUUUCUGGUCAUUCACCUGUAGAAGGACGCAUUGUUAUUAUCAUAUUAUUCUUCUUAAACUCCUUGGCAACCUUAUGACCCAUGCCAAUUUAACUCGCGAGCUGUGGUUGGUUUUAGUGCAAGAUGUGGAAUGGUUGGGUGGACUUUAUGGUGUUUGGUUGAUGUGAAAAAGCAUUGAUGCAACAUUGUUCUAAAACUCAUUGCCUUUCUCUUUUCUUUCUUUUUUUUUUUUUUUGGUUCUGUUAAUUAAUUCAAUCCUUUUUGAAGCUCUAGUUAAUAUGCUGUAACAUUUAGCAUGGCUUCUCACCAGAAUAGUGUAGCCCAAGGGAAGACUUGUGAUCAUAACAACCUAAAAACUGUUCUUAAUCCACAUCUCCAGAGGGGUGUUGUUACCCUUAGGAUGUUUUUUUUUCCUUUUUUUUUUUUUUUUUUUUGUUUCUUUUUCUACUCAUCUACCCUAUUUACAAAGAGGGCGAUAUUUUGAACCAAUGUGUGAAUAAGUGGCUUUUCAAUUGCACAUUAUAAUCCUCCAACUUCACAUUCGGCAGUUUCGGUGGGUUAGACAGCUUAGCUUUCAUCUAUAGGAACUCUGAAAAAUGAACACAUAUGCAACAGAACUGCUGCACUGGGCUUUCUGGUGUAUAAUAGACUGUGUGGUUUGCUUCUGUCUCUUCAAUAGAGCCUAGUUGUAGGCAGACUUUGUUGCCCAUCGGCCUCCUUUCUGCCGUGGAGCUGGUCAGGUUUGGUGUCUGGCUGCGGUUCGGGAUGAUGUGACUGAUCCUGAGCAGCAGCGAGCCCCCACCCCCCCGCCUGCCCUUACCUCCAUUGAGAGUAAGUCCCACGGCAGGGUUGUACCGUAAGAAUAGCGGCUGGUUAGUCAUGUUGCAACUUGAGGUAACUUGUGAUUAUGUAGGAGUAAAAGGUAAACAUCAGUAAAUACUGUAUUUAAUUGGUAACUUGAAUGCGUGUAUUUUUUGGAUUCAUUUUUUUCUUUUUCUUUUUUCUUUUUUUUUUUUUUUUGUCUAAAACAUACCAAAUACUCCUGCAAAUGAAAAUAUUCUGCCCACCGUAUUAUAUUUAAAUAUUUUGCUCUUAUUUUAUAGAAUUUAUUUUGUUGUAUUUCACUAAAAAAAAAAAUAGAAUUUGAUUUAAGAGGAACAUUUUUGUCCUUGUGUUAUUUUUAAAGAAGAUAUUUGACUGUACAGAGUUCUGCGCCCUGUUUUUUGCCGACUUUUGUUUUGGCCAUGGUGUGACGUUGAAUUCUGGAGCUACAGUCGCGAUGUGGACUUUCACUUUGUGAGGUUUUUUGUGCACAGAAAUAUAACAAAAAAAGCAUUGCGCCCUUAGCAAAUAAAGAACAUGGAAUCUUG